GUUGCCAACUAUUUCUGAUUCCGCGUCAUUUUAAGCUGUAAAAAUUGCUUGAAAUCGAGCUGCUUUUAUUCAUCGAAGGGAUAUACCUACGUAAAUCUUGUCAAAAUGAUGAACACAACUAUGGCAAACUCCACGACGUGGAAUAUAAACCGUAGGAGAGACUUCGCUGAACUCAAAGAAGGCACUCAAGUACCCGGAUACUGUGGUUACAUUGAGCAGUAUAAGUAUCACGUGGGAGAUACUUAUGGAAAUGCAACCAACAAACUAGAGAAUAGACGUGCAAAUCGCCAUCCCAUUGUGUCAUCCUGGCCAAAUAACUACUUUGAUUCGACCAGCAAGCAUGUAGGGACAGGACUGACUGCUGCCAACUCUCUGAGUGGAGAAAGAAGGCCGAUGCAGCUACCAAGAUCUAAUGGUGACAACAAACUCACAGAAAAAAUGGUGCCAGGAUACACAGGCUAUAUCCCUAGGAUGCCUUUCAAGUUUGGGAACACCUACAAGGAGGACUGUGAUGUUUGUAUUGAUGACUUCCUCCAUAAUACCAAGGAGCAUGAUGCCAAGAUCAAGAACCUAAAACACACUGUAGUCCAGGCAAGACCUCUACAUCCAAAGACUGAUGAGAAGGUUGUCAUCAAGGCUCUCAACUUCUACCGAGAUCAAAAUCCUGGAAAGGUUUUAUUAGAUGACAAGAGGGAAUCAAGAGAAGCCCCUAUUCCAGGGUACAAGGGCUUUAUACCGAGACAGGGUGUGACCGAGCUCGGUCUUGGAGCGAGGUACCAUUCCAUGUGCGAUAAAUCACUUAACGUAUUCUAUGAUGAGACAGAGAGACAUGCCAUCAUAUCGAAACCGGGAUAUGUUCCAAAAACUACUGUCCCAAAUGCUGGUGCCAAGGCCAGUCUCCAGCUAACCAAGGAUGAUAAGAGCACCUUAAUGCAGAGAAGACUCUACAAAGACAUCGGCAUGGUGCCCAAGUACACAGGAUACCUUCCACAAAUCCGUUUCCGAUUUGGCCAUACAUACGGCGAUGCCUCCAGAUCUCUUCCAGUCUGUAGCCAUGGACAGGCCAACUAUGGUGAACACUUACAGACGCUCCAACAAUCUGCUUGAACAGGGAUGGUGCUUUUCCUUACUGUCAGCCUUCAUGGCUUGUGUCCUAGGUGGAGCGUUGUUCUAUGAGAACUUUAUGAUCUGGACUUUAUGAUAAGUCCAUAAGACUGUCUAAUACAUUGCAACUACCUAUCUGUUGACUGUUUACAACAUGGUUUGUAAGUGUCAUGUCUUGAGAAUGGCCUUCGGGACAUCCUCCAGGAAGUCAACGUUUCGGAGGUGGAAGUAUAGGUUGUAAGUUGACUGGCUGUUGAGCUUUGGGAGGAGAGAUACAUUUGUUUAAUUUAUUUGCUGAACAAGGUUAAAAAAUAGUAAUAAGAAUUCUUAUGCAAGAAAUUUUCAGAAUGAUUUCAUACUAGUUUCGAUAAGAACAUCUUUUUUCUAAUCAUCCAUUCCUCUGCAUAUCUCAAAAAAGCUCAAUAUGCCUUGUGACAGUGUCUACCUCCUUUCCUAUAUUUUUCUUUAUUUGUAUUUCCUAUUCUCACCAGCACCAAUUUAUUAUCCUACUUAAUGGUAGAGUUACAAGGUAAAACUUGCUGACAGGUCUUUAUGGACCUCAGCUAGGCUAGUAAACCGAUUCAGAAUUGCAUAAAUAUGCAUGCUGUCACUGCCUCUUGAGGUACACCGACCUGAUGAGUCCAGAACUAGAUCACAGUUUCUAUCUAGCCUCUGUUUGUUUUGCUCACAGGUUUCAUCUUGUACAUAAGCAGAAGGAAACUCUUUCCUACUCUAUCCCGAAUAUAUGUGACAUCUGCAGUGCAUUUGUCACCUUUCUUUUUCUUUAUUCGAUACAAAUGAUUGUGUCAUUAAUUUUGUUGAAAUGUGAAGAGCACAGCCUUUCAGCUUCCAAAAACUUGAGUAUGCUUUUCCUUCUCGUGCCAUACUCGCACGUCAGAUAUUUCUACGUUACUUCACGGUCACAUAAUAAAGAACAUACAUGUGAAGGGAUACGUGCUUUUAAAGAUCUUUAUUGAAACACUCCAAGUUUUCCAACCAUACAAAUGAGUAGCAAUAUAUUAUAAUUAUUCAAAUACUUACAAUUCUAUAGCAAUUCCUUGCAGGAAACUGUACAUGUUUUCAUGUAAACACAAAAGUACAAUUUAAGAAAACUGAUGAUAAUACACCGUCAUUUUACUUCUUGAAUACAUGGCACAAGAUUCACCUUAUAAUCCAGUAAGUGUGUUUUCACACUAAAACAUACUUGGUAUACCGUUUUCAUCAGGAAGCUAUAAUAAUUUAUGACCACAUUUUUACUACACAGUAUUUGAAAAUAAUAGACGAGGUAGCAAAAGGGUUCUAAGAAUAGCCCAGCCAAUGAUUGUACCUUUUUGGUAUGAAAGGUUUUUGGUAUGAAAGUAAACAUAAUUGUGUUUCUUUUACUUCUUUAUCCAAAAAUACAGUAUAAGAAGCAUUAUGUGACAGAAAAAAUAUUCCUGAUAUUUGAUAUGACAAAUGUAAUCACAAAGACUGAAUAAGUUGAAAUUUGAAGCUGUAUCUUCAUCCAGACUGUGCACUAUUUGAUAUUUUUCUUAUUAAGUUAGUCAUGCAUCAAUCAAAAGUUUUUGAUUAUAUGAUUUUUAGUAUGGAUGAAAAUGGCAAUUAUCAUCUUUAGAAUUAAGAGGAUUUAUGUCACAUCAUAUGAUCAUUGAAAUACUCUUCCAACUUGAAUGAUUUGACUAUAUUCUAAUAAAUCUUUUAAAAAUGAAGUAUGAAUACAGCAAAAAAAAUCGGUGGUAUGAAUUUCACAAAAAAUAACUUAUGAUUCUAGUUUGUACAAGGUUAGGUCUCCCUGGAAAAUUUCUUAAAACAU